AUGGCAUUGUUCAAGCCUGUAAUAACCCACAAUUUUGUACUCAGAAUUAUCUGCUUUCCUUUCUACGAAAAGGAAUACUCUGGUGACCUGUCUUCUUUUCUUUCUGCAGCACCUCCCAGCUAUCCAGCAAAUAAGGACAAUGAGAAGUCACGUCGGGGACGGCGCCACCACUGUGACUUCUGUGACUAUGAGACUGAUUUUGUGUCCCAUCUGAAUAGACACCUCAGGGUUCAUACAGGCGAGCGGCCAUUUCAGUGCCAUUUGUGCCCUCAGAACUUCUCAACAAAGUCCGAAUUGAAGAAUCACUUGUGUACCCACACAGGGGAGCGGCCACAUAAAUGCCACCUAUGCCCCGAGAGCUUUUCUCAAAGUUCCAAAUUGACGGUUCACCUGCGCACCCACACAGGCGAUAGGCCGUUUAAGUGUCACCAGUGCCAAAAGAGCUUCUCACAUAGGCACACACUGAAGGAUCACCUGCGCACACAUACAGGCGAGCGUCCAUUUAAAUGCCACCAGUGCCGAAAGAGCUUCUCACAUAGGGCUUCACUGAAGGCUCACCUGCGCACACACUCAGGCGAGAGGCCAUUUAAGUGCCACAAAUGCCCAGAGAGCUUCUCAUAUAGGACAACUCUUGUUGAUCACCUGUACAGACACACAGGCGAGCGGCCGUUUAAAUGCCACUUAUGCCCCAAGACGUUUAUGCGGAAAAUCAGCCUCACUACACAUCUGCGCAAACAUGAAUGCAAGUGACCAUAUUCAUGGAAGCUCUGCUAACCUAGCUGUUUUAUGAAGCCACAUUUUGUUAGUUCUUUCCAGCGUGUUCUGACUGCACAAAGUUGUGUCAAAAUCUUAAAAGUGUACGUCUAUUAUUUAUAGUGACUUCAUCGUUUCCAUUAGAGCCUUGUUGUGGAUGCAGUAAACUUUGGUAACAAUGUUAGAUUACUUUACAGUGAAGCUAUGUACGGUUGGAGGAUUUGUCCAUUUGUGCUCAAAAACCCAUAGCAUGUGUGCCGCAGAAAUUGGGCAAACCGCACCACUCACCGCUGGUCCAGUAAAUAUGACCAGUCGUACACGCCGUAUGUUACAGACCAGAGGAAAAUUUAUGUUCAUAAUGAUGAGCAAGCACACUUUUGCAUUGUCUAAUCCACAUCUUUUGUACAAGCCACACCACUCACUUGAACUUACUUGAAGAUGCAGUGCUGUUUACCACCAUGGUCACCGCAAUGUCUGAAUUGGAAAUCUCCUUGCAUGUUCUAUGGAGUUCUGGUUCUUGAUAUUUGGUGUCUCACUAGGUUAUUUCAGUGUUCUGUAAUAAGACAGCCACCUCUAUGAACAUUCCUUUAACAAAGAGAUGUCAAUGUGGUCGUCAUCAGAAAAACCUUAGUAGGUGUAUUUUUUCUGUGGUGUUAGUGUGCUGAAUUGUAGGAAAAACCCUGCUGCUGAAGUAGAAGCAAUAUUUGAUGCCAUGCUGUAUUUCCAAGCUUAGCAAUGUCUCAAGUUUUUACGAACAUCAACACCGUGGAUACACAGACGCCAGUUCCCGAUUCGUUAAGCCGGUGGUAUCUUUUUCUUCUUUCUCAGCCAUUCUUUUGAAAAUUUUCAAUUUAACA